GCCGCGGAGCCCGAGCCCGAGCCCGAGCCGGAGCGGAGGCGGCGGCGGGACCCGGCCGGACAAAUUUCCUGCUCGGCUGCGGGCGGCAGGAGGCGGCGCCAGCGGCGCCCGGACCCCGCGGCCUCCGCGCGUCCCAACCACCGUCCUUCGCGCCGGCGGGGACCGAGGGGCGCCCCGGAGGGCGGCGGGCGGGCGCCCGGGAGAUGCGGAGCCGCCGCGGCGGCGCGAUCGGCGCGACCGGACCGGCCCCCCCGAGAUUCGCCAUGGAGCCCUUCUGUCCGCUCCUGCUGGCCGGUGUUAGCUUGCCGCUCGCCAGGGCUCUCAAGGGCAACGAGACCACCGCGGCGGUCAGCAACUGGACCUCGACGACCUCAGGCCCUCCCGCCCCAGGCGCGCCGCAGCCGCUGCUGGCCUGGCUUCUGCUACCUCUGAUGCUGCUCGUCCUCCUCCUGCUCCUCGCCGCCUACUUCUUCAGGUUCAGGAAGCAGAGGAAAGCCGUGGUCAGCGCCAAUGACAAGAAGAUGCCCAACGGGAUUCUGGAGGAACAAGAGCAACAAAGAGUGAUGCUUCUCAGCAGGUCCCCCUCCGGGCCCAAGAAGUACUUUCCCAUCCCCGUGGCGCACCUGGAGGAGGAGAUCCGAGUCCGCUCCGCAGAUGACUGCAAACGCUUUCGGGAGGAGUUCAAUUCGUUGCCGUCUGGACACAUACAAGGAACUUUCGAACAGGCCAAUAAGGAAGAAAACAGAGAAAAAAACAGAUACCCCAACAUCCUUCCCAAUGAUCAUUCCAGGGUGAUUUUGAGCCAGGUGGAUGGAACCCCGUGUUCAGAUUACAUUAAUGCUUCCUACAUAGAUGGUUAUAAAGAGAAGAAUAAAUUCAUCGCCGCUCAAGGCCCCAAACAGGAGACAGUUAACGACUUCUGGAGAAUGAUCUGGGAGCAGAAGUCUGCCACCAUCGUCAUGUUGACGAACCUGAAGGAAAGGAAAGAGGAGAAGUGCUCGCAGUACUGGCCGGACCAGGGAUGCUGGACCUACGGGAACAUCCGCGUGUGCGUGGAGGACUGCGUGGUUCUGGUAGAUUACACCGUCCGGAAGUUCUGCAUACAGUCCCAGCUCCCCGAUGGCUGCAAAGCCCCACGGCUCGUCUCCCAGCUGCACUUCACGAGCUGGCCCGACUUCGGAGUGCCUUUCACCCCCAUCGGGAUGCUGAAGUUCCUGAAGAAAGUGAAGGCCCUCAACCCCGCCCAUGCCGGGCCCAUCGUGGUCCACUGCAGCGCUGGCGUGGGCCGGACGGGCACCUUCAUCGUGAUCGAUGCCAUGAUGGACAUGAUGCACAGUGAGCAGAAGGUCGAUGUCUUUGAAUUCGUGUCCAGAAUUCGCAACCAGCGCCCUCAGAUGGUGCAAACAGACAUGCAGUACACGUUCAUUUACCAAGCCUUACUGGAGUACUACCUCUACGGGGACACCGAGCUGGACGUGUCCUCCCUGGAAAAGCACCUGCAGACGUUGCACAGCACCGCCGCCCACUUCGACAAGAUCGGGCUGGAGGAGGAGUUCCGGAAACUGACCAAUGUCCGGAUCAUGAAGGAGAACAUGAGGACGGGCAACCUGCCUGCGAACAUGAAAAAGGCCAGGGUCAUCCAGAUCAUCCCAUAUGACUUCAACCGGGUGAUCCUCUCCAUGAAAAGGGGUCAGGAAUACACAGACUACAUCAACGCCUCCUUUAUAGAUGGCUACCGACAAAAGGACUACUUCAUCGCCACCCAGGGGCCGCUGGCGCACACCGUGGAGGACUUCUGGAGGAUGGUGUGGGAGUGGAAGUGCCACACGGUCGUGAUGCUGACGGAGGUCCAGGAGAGAGAGCAGGAUAAAUGCUACCAGUAUUGGCCGACAGAGGGCUCUGUGACUCAUGGCGAAAUAACAAUCGAAAUAAAAAGUGAUACGCUUUCGGAAGCCAUCAGCAUACGGGACUUCCUGGUCACCUUCAAUCAGCCCCUGGCCCACCAGGAGGAGCAGACCCGCAUGGUCCGCCAGUUCCACUUCCACGGCUGGCCCGAGAUCGGGAUUCCGGCCGAGGGCAAAGGCAUGAUCGACCUCAUCGCGGCUGUGCAGAAGCAGCAGCAGCAGACGGGCAACCACCCCAUCACCGUGCACUGCAGUGCUGGAGCCGGGCGAACAGGCACCUUCAUAGCGCUCAGCAACAUUCUGGAACGAGUAAAAGCCGAGGGCCUUUUAGACGUGUUCCAAGCUGUGAAGAGUUUGCGACUUCAGAGACCGCAUAUGGUGCAAACCCUGGACGUAGGAGGAGGGGUGAACUCAUGGCUUAGACUCUGAGACCCGUUGGACCCAUGCACCGAUGACGACAGCUCGCUGGGUCUCCGCGGCUCCUCCACCGUUUUCUGGCGCCGAUGUCUUGCGUCCUGUGACAAAUCCACACACUUCCUGGUUUGCAGAAGACGUGCCUCCUCGCCAAGCUUGGUGAUGGUUCUACCCCAAUAAGCACAAUUUCAGAAACUGUUAGAACCCGUCAUUUUUUUCUUCUUCCUGUUUUUAUACUCCCUGUGCACUUACUCGGCAUGGCUAACAGGAUUCCGACUCCAGUAGGCUUAGAAUGUGGCAGGAGAGGCUUCCAGAACCUUCCCAUUGCGGGGGAAGCUGCUAGAAUCACCGAGCGAGCGGGGUUGCCCUCCCACCCCCAGGCUGGGCAGAGCAUGGUUCUCACCCUGAGGGCAUCCCAGGGAGGCCUGGAGAGAGUUCACACUCCCCCACGGCCAGGCUGCCCUCACGCUUUCUGGGGCUCAGACCCAGGCAGGCAUCAGGAUAGUUAAGGCUCUCCCUGGUGGUCCCAAAGCACAGACAGGUUUGAACCACUAUGACUGAAGGAAACGGGGUGCCUGCCGGGUCCCCACACCCCUGCCUCACGUGCCCCUCUUGAGGCCAGGCCAUGACUGAGAGCAGGAAGGAGAUGGUGCUGGGGGCCCCUCCGCUCUCCUUAGAGCCCUGAUCCCAGGGCAGACAGUCCUCCUUGCUAGAGUAGAGCUCUGGAAGAUGCUAGAGGGGUCCUUCUAAAAGCCAUGUCAGCCUGCUGCUAGCUAAUACCGCCUGGCAGCAUCACAAACAUGAACGACUUUGGGCGUGGAAAAACCCGAGGCAGACCCUUCCAUGGAGGGCUUUCCAGAUCAAAAUAAUAAUGAAUGGGAACAUCCUCCAAAAACAUUCUGUUGUAAAUUCUGAGCCACAGUCUUUCAUCUUCUUUCCUGACUGCUUUUAAGUCCACUGCGGGCUUCCCCAGGCAGAGGUGGUAGCUUUCGUCCUGCAUGGCCCCCAGAAAACAGGAAAGCUAAGCCAGGGUCUCCCUUCGAUGCUCGGACUUCAGGCUGUCAUCGCAAACGCAGGGCUGGCCCCCUCGUGCCUCUGCGGCCUCGAACAAGCUCCUUCCACUUUCUGGACUUUAGUUCUUUAUCUGUGGGAAGCGGGGGAUGGCACCUGCCUCCAGUUGACGUGCACGUUUGCUUGGUGUGUGUGCGUGGGGGCCCAUUAGGGCCUGACCGGGGCAGGCCCCUGGCGACCGUAGCAAAGAACAUCUCUAUUGUGGCUCAGCAUGCAAACUCUCCCUCGGUUUCGAAGGGACCUCAGCUCCCACAGAAUCUUUGGGUCUGGCUCACGUUUCCUAUCUCCAGGCGCCCGUCCUUCUGAACACCCUGACUCAGCUCUGUGCUUUCCACUGCUACCUCUCCCCGCACCCCUCCCUGGGAAGCUGCCCAUGGCUGUCGUUGGGCUUGGGUCUGUACCCUCUGGUCUGGUGACACAGUUUAACAGAGUGUUUGUAACCUGACUUGGAAAGUCAGCCAAUUGCUGGCCACUCGGCAAGACUCUUGAGACAGGCUUUAGGGCAGCACGCAUUCCAAGGCAAAAAGUGUUUUUGUUUUUAUUUUUUUCCUGGGAGCUUUAUGCUUUGAUGGGAAAUGUCUGUGACCUGAGAUGUGGCCUGUGUCAUCUCAACAAAUUGCCAAAAUACACACCAUUGAUCACUGGGCA